AUGUUGACUAUCAUCUGCGCCAUUACGGCGCUGGCAUUGAUAGCCGCUCCCACUGACCAACGUUUUGUACGCAAAAAUGCCCGCGACUUGUCCUACCCGGAAUGGACCGAAUUGCGUCGGGCGUUGGCCGCUAUGCGUGCCCGGCCAGCCGACGAUCCGCUUUCGUUUACCUUCCAGAGCAACGUUCACGGCUGGGAAUCGUACGACGGUUCACCWCAGGCCAUACACCGGGCCCGUCAAUUGGGUUGGCAUCAGUGCCAACACGGACACCAUCUGUUCCUUGUCUGGCAUCGAAUCUAUCUAUUCUUUUUCGAGCGUAUUCUCCGACGACACGYCGGUCCCAACAGUCGACUGGCACUGCCCUACUGGGACUACUAUGAAGACGGAGCCCUACCCUUGCCGUUUCGCGUACCGAAUAACCCGCACCAGAAUCCGCUGUUUGUGGCCGAACGYUGCGCCGACAUUAAUCGAGGCCGUCCGCUCAAUCCGGCACUGGUUACGGCUGUACCGGCGUUGAGGUCAACUUUUUUCUCGACCGAUCACCGAACCAAUGAACUAAAUGUUUGCCAUUCGUUGGGCGGCGCUGUCGGCGGACCAACGUUUCAGGACGAAUGGGAAGGUCUACUGGAGGCCAUACCGCACAACAACGUCCAUCUGCUUGUAGGCGGUCCCGACGGCUAUUUUUCCGAUAAUUGCCGAUCGGCACGCGAUCCUGUAUUUCUCAUACAUCACGCGCAAAUUGACCGAAUCUGGGAUUCGUGGACACGGACGCGCGGCCCCGAUGCCCGUACGGGACUGUCUGCUGCACUAUUAAACCAAACGUUUGAUAUGUGGGACGAACGUGGUCUUCGGGUACGUGUGCGCGCSCGYGACUUUCUCGAUACCGGACCGCUUGGCUACGACUACGCCGAGCUGUUGCACGUCCCGCGCAACGACCAGUUUCUGCGCGAAGUGCCCCGACUUUGGCUGUCGCUGAACGCAACCGACGUACGGCUCMGGCAUUCGUCUACCCGAUCAUCAGUUCGUUUGCCGAUAAAUCCGCGUUUCCGUGAACUGUUCAGCGCUAUGGCCCGCGAAGAGACACCACAGGUUCGGUCGUCUCUACAGCUGUCCAUUGCSUACGUCGAGUCUGACCUCAUUGUACACGUAUACCUGAAUUUGCCGGACGAGUCGGCACCGUUCGAACAGAGGCCACACUUUGUCGGUGCGUUGGCCUCWGUGCCGACCAAAUGCACUUCAACCGGCAGUCGAGCCGUCGAAUCAUUACAAUUGACCAACUGUUACGACCUGACGGACAGUUUGCGUWCAGUGGCUGUCGAGASGUUGCGCACAWCGGGCGAUGUGUUGUCGGAUAUUACGGUGUCGUUURUACCGAAAAGUUGUGACCAAGAAAUGGCCGUCAAUUGGACUGUUCGGCCAGUGUUGCACGUGAAUCGGGUACUGCUUACCCAUUACUAUGCCGAUGGUGUAGCCCAGGGACGCGGCUACGAGUUUCCGCCAGAUUUACGKGCGCUCAAUGAAUAA